AUGAAUCAACGCUUUGUUACUUUGGUUACAAGCGUUGAAAACAGUAGUGGAGUUCCGCAGAGAGCGACCGCCGGAGCAGCUGUUGAACCACUAAAGCACGAAAAGCUUCAGUUUUCGUGUCAAUUGCCAUCAUUGAUAGCGGCGGCGAGUAUUGCCACUGCAGUCCAUGGCUUACAGUCCAUACAUAAGCAAAGCAAAAGUUUCGACUUAUUUGUCUCUUCGUUGGCAACAAUUCUUGGCAUCGAUUCUAGUCGUAUUAAAAGUUGUGUCAACGAAAUCGAGUCUAUUGUUAACUCGAGAACAGCAUUAGUCCAACAGUUUGUGCCCAAAGACACCACAAAUUAUGAACAAAAUAUACAAAAUUACACUAAAAUUGAACAUAACUUUUAA